GCGACGAGCGGAGAUGCCGGCAAAUAGAUGAUCGAUAUCAUUCACAGGCUGCAUCGGAAGUGGAACUACUCUAGUAUUCUUCUUGGAUAUCCGUGGUGUUUUUGCACGAUUUCUUGCUGCAUGAUUCUGCUCAAUCGUGUGGAUUUAUGGAGCCACUGGUCGUUCAGGGGAAGAUGUUUUCCUGGUGGCACUGGAAAUGCUGCUAUUCGCAGGAUGCGUCGCAGCAACCCCAACACCGUCGAAAGAGCCACUCGCGUUGGUCUGCAAUUUAGAUCCGUUCGCGCCCGCCGCUGAGCAAAUGCAGGCGCUGGCGGAUUGCAUUACGGCCAUCGGCACAAAUUUCCGGCGGCUGGCUGACACGAUGAACUACAACUCAUCAACGCCGUUCAGCAAACUUGAGAGUACGCUCCCUCCAUCCUCGCCGCCGGUCCCGUCCGUCACCCACACCACCGUUCGUCCCUCACCCGCACCGAUCCACCGUCAACGCGGCGCCACUUCGUCUUCUGCCACCACGCCGGUCCACCAUCAACGCGAAAUCUCCUGGUUACGGCGCUUCGUGAUUGGCGUGGGGGAAAUGGCCGAACAGCAUCCGCUCUUCACCAUCGCCGGGGGCACCGUCGUCGGGCUGGCGUUUAUUUUCGGUGUUGUAAGUCUGAUACAGCCUUUUCUCGACGCCCUGGAAAAGCGUAGUGUGCGUGGACGCAUCCUGAUGGUGGCGAUGCUGAUUCUAGGCGUUCUGGUCACUGCCUGGGCCCUGGAUACUAUCAUUACAGUGCUGUGCGAAUGACACUCGCCACAUGGGUUGUUUACCAAAUAUCCACCAUGGAUUUAUGCUUGUAUCUGUAUUGUGAAUUUGUGAGUAUAGGCCUUCCAAAUUGUGCUUCCAGUGUUUAACUCCACACUGUCUCCACACUGUCUUUGCAUGUUUUUGUCAGCUAUGGUUAUUUUUUUUAACGGUAAAGCUUAGCUGAAGGUUGCGCUUAGAUAAUUUGUGCCUAAAGGCUUUCCUGAAUUAUUAUAUACAGAGUUUAUAUUAUAACGGAAGCCAUCUGUUUAGUUUGUACUUAAACGUUAAGUUUCACCAAUCUUAAAUUUUCAUGCGGUAAUAUAAUGUUACUUGGGAUCGCAUAUGAGUAUACCUGAUCCCAGUGACACGUUUAGUGAGU